AUGAAAAGGUUCAAGAGAUGUCUUCAUGAAGGGGAAUGGAAUAUUCUAACCGGAUUUUCCGUGGUCAUGGUGAACACAGAGAUCCGUUUGACGGAAGCCAGAAACAAGAUUGCUCUCACGUCCAACACCAGCGUCACACCCGCAGAGGACUCGGAUGCUUGGAUUCCGCUUGACAUCGUUCCUUACGAUAUGUUUCGAAUUUUUGGAAUGAUGAACGAACUUCUUUCCCUAGAGUGUCGUGUAAAGGGUGCCUUAGCAUCUAAGUUUAAACGGUUUUGGCUUUACUAUGGUAAAAUUGAGACCAUCGUAUGCCUCUUAACCGAUUGGCGGGUUGUAGAAGAUGCGGAUCCAAUUCAUAUCGAAAGUGAAGAAGGAAUCUCUAGAUUUGAAUUCAAUCCUAUUGGCUUUGAUGAGGUUGACCAUUUCACUGAGAUAAUGUGCUCUUCCUCACAAGACAGCAGCGAAGAAGAUGUUGAAGAAAUGGAAUUUGAUUAUUUCAAUGGCUGUAGAACCGACAACAAAAGUUGA